AUGGAGGUCAUUCCCAUCCUAGUGCACUUGAAGGAAGCUUUCCUAUGCAAAGGCUUUGGUUCAACCCUCACGGGAUCAACUCUUAAAUGGAUGCUAAACGUUCCUCCAUAUUCUAUCAUUUCAUUUGCACACUUAGUCAAUAUUUUCAAUAACCAACUUUCUUGUGGAAGAACCUUUGAGAAGAUCACUAGUGAUCUCUACCGGGUGGUUCAAGAUCCUAGGGAUUUUUUCAACAGAUUUGGCAGGGAAGCUCUAAGCAUCCCUAACAUUGACAUGGCGACUGAUGUAGAGGCUUUCCAAAUGGGUCUAAGGAAGGAUUCACCGUUCUACGAAGAUCUCGUGGUGACCCCAUGCAAGAGAUUAGAUGAAGUUAGGUGCAGAUCAUUGAGAUUCAUAAGUCUUGAAGAAGAUAAAGAACUCCAGAAUAUGAGCAACCCUUUAAGUCAUUACGAGAAUUCCAAUAGAAAGGAUCUCGGAGAUAAAGAAAGGUGGUCAAAGAAGGAUAACAAGUUCACCAGUUGGAAAGACAAGUCCAAAUGGUGUGCUCACCACGAAGAUUCCGGUAACAUGACAAAUGAUUGCAUAGACCUAAGAAAGGAGAUCAGCUAUCUCCUUGGCAAAGGGCAUCUUAAAUAA